UAAGGUGAGAGGCUAAAACUUACUAAUUUUGUAAGAUAAAAGGUUAAAAGUGUCAUAUUAUAAGAUGAGGAGCUAAAACCUACCAAUUUUAUAAGGUGAGGGGCUAAAUGUUGGUUUUUGCCGAUCACUAUUUACCCUACUCUACCUUUCUCGCCCCUUUCAUCUCCUGUCAUUUUCCCUUCUCCGCUCAUCUUCCCACCCAGAUCACUGAUCCAGCGAUCUAUUCUCUUCUUUCUCCCUUUGCACAUUUUUCUGCCUUCCUUUCUCUCCCCCCUUCAUAUUGCUCACCGACAUAACCAUAGAUCUGAGUCCCUUUCCCUUUCCUUCUCACGAGCUUGGGCAAGGACACCCAGAUCUGCAUGUCCUCGCCAUCACGCAGAACCCCUGGUCACAAUUAAGAAAUUCUAUUAUUCUAAGUAUUUCAAGCCUUUUUUUAAGUGACUGAUUUAUUUCUCUUGGUUGGUAGUGAUCCAAAAUCUGAUUACGAAGGAUGUCAUGGGCACAGGGCAUGGCAGACCCUCUCAAGUUGAUCAGCAAAAUGAAGGGGUUGCUUUGCCUUUGAGGACAGACCUGAAGCAGACGGAUAGGAAACGGAAGAUACGCUGUAAGGAUUAUAUGGACGAGAAUUCGAGGUUGCUUCAUGAGAAGGCUGUGCUACAGCUAGAGUUCGAAAGACUCAAAACUUUCUGCCCUUCUCCACGAGAUCAGAAUUUCUCUACUUAGAUGCUGGCCGAAAAUGUCAGAACUUCUUACUCUGUUAUUCUAGUAGAGAAGUAAAAACAGAGAGUAAAGUUGAGAAGCAUUUCUCUCUUUGAGGUUCUAGAGAUUUGAGAGAUUUGAAUUUUAAUUCGAAGAUUAUAGUCCAUCUGUUUACACCAUAAAUUGCAAAAUUUUAGAUUAAUGCCACGUGUAAAAUUUUUAUUGGCUGGAGGAGUUUUGAGCCAUGUCAGAUUCGGAUCCUGGGUCCCAUGACAGAUCAGCACGUGAGUUGGCAAGAUAAGAGAGAUAAAGAUAAUGUUGAGUAAUUAUCUUUUGAAACAGAAAGAGAUAAUGGUAGUUGGCAAGAUAGGGGAGGAUCACAUCUAAAAAGGAGAUUUUAUCUGAUAAAGUUCAGGUGGCAAAAUCUGAAAGGGGUUUAGACUAUGUCAAAGGGUGAGGUGUCCCACUACUCCAACAAACUACCUAGGAUUGAGUAACUGCCGGCACAAAGAGGAACAAAAAGGGAACUUCAGCACAGAAGGAGGACACGGCCAGCCUUACUCAAACAACUGCAACUUUUCAUACUUUGAUUUUCUCUGCACAUGCUUCCAGAUUUCGAUUUUUCAGCACAGAUUUCGUAUUUCAGCACAGAUUCCAUUAGAAUUAGGUUGUUUUUCCUCAUUCUAGUAGACAAAUUUAUUCCUAUAUUCAGUUAAAACAAUUUUCCUUCAUGCAAUGAACUUCAAUCCUUCAA